AAAUCAUUGAAUCAGAAUCAGAAAUUGAAAUCGUUAACCCCGUCUGAGAGAGGUGAUUCCGGCCAUCGGGUGAUUCCAUGAUUUAGGGUCAUGCACUGAUUCAUAUCUCGACAACCAGUGAUUCCAGAGAGUCAAUCGGGGGCGCAAAAACACGGCCAAAGGCCACUCUUUACGUGUGCCAAACGACGUCCUCUCACUCUCAAUGGUCAGCGCGCUGUGACGACAACAAGGUCUGAUUUCUAUGCUGUGAUUUCGUGAUUCCAAAAAGAGUGAGUUCCCGUGGAGAAUCAAGAGACGCGGCAUUUGAAGAGAAGGGAUGGCGAUCGUCGUGGUACUAUGCGGCCAGAACAGUUCGGGGCGCUCCAAACGCCGAACCUGACAGGUGAUCUAUUCCUUGACGCCGGCACAACGGCCUCUCACUUCUCUUGACUCGCUUGAAGCUCCACAUCUGCGAGCUCAGCCGAAAGGGGAAGGCUGCAUUUUCCCUCUGUGCACUCUUCUCUCGCUGAAGCCAUCAGCAGCAGCAGCAGCUCAAGCAGCAGAGCCGCAGAGCAACAGAGCAGCAGAGCCCACUGGGAGAUCCCGUCGAGAGAAACUCGCCACAGGCAAAGGUGAGCAGCACGCGGACGUGCACUGCCUCGAGGAGUCAUGUGCAAUUCACACGAUGUAUUGAUUGUUGUACGCAGUUCAGGUGUUGGCGUGAUGACCUUGCCGCAGUCGGCUCGCCAUCAGCCCCGAUCCCGCCUGCCUGAGCCACAGGCACCAGCGGCCGCAGCAGCAGCAGCAGGAGGGGCGCAAGACCCACGUCAGUCUGAGGAGCCAUCGUCAUUCCCAGGGCUGUUCGACAAGAGCCGCCACACAGGAGCGAAGGACCACUUCUUCGAAUGCGUUGGUGGUGAGGAGCGGCUGCACUUCGGCAUGGGGAGGGUGUCCCUCGGCUCGACGUAUUUCAGCCAUCAGCCCCCGCAGCCAGGGGCGGCCAUCCCCUGGUACAAGGCGGACUGUGGCAAACACGCCACCAACAUCGCCAUGGGGCACCAGGUCGUCGGGUUUGAGGGCGAUGGCUUCGAGAGGGUCGAGAGGGCCAAGCGGAAGGCCACUGAGGACUACGAGUGGCUCGACAUGGCCGACAUCGCGCAGCACUUUGAGAAGCUCGAGAAGCCGUGCACCGAGUUGGGAGGGGUAAGUAAGCAGACACACGAGGGGAAGGAGUGCGACCAGUGACGUUAUCUUCUUGUCUGUUUCUCUGUGUAUGUGCCAUGGUCUCUGCGUGUAGAUUAAGGGGAAGUCGGUGGCCGAGAAGAUCGAACUUCUAACGGCACACUGGGAGCGGGAGCGGGGGGCGGUGGUGGCCAUGUUGCUGCGGGAGAGGGCGGUGUUCGAAGCCGGUCAGCAGGCGAUGGACCACUUUGUGGCCAUCAAGCCCCAGGCUGACCGGCUUUGGGCCGACUGCGAUAGCAUUAAGGAGCGCCAGCAGCCACACAAGCUCAUGGACGCCGGGGAACUGGUCGCGAGGGUGGAGAAAGUAAGCGUGCACCACCUGUCAAACACACAUGCACUCACUCGGUUCAUCCCUGUGUGUGUGUGUGUGUGUGUUCCCUCCCUCCGUCCCUCCCUCCCGCCCUUCUGCUCAGGCGGACGGCAAUCGGGUCAUUUCCCGUGACCCCCAGGCAUUCGCCCCCGUGAAGAGAGACCACGACGCGAUCGUCAUGAACCUCGAUGACGACGAUAACGCGCAACCAGCCCAGCACAAGUCUGUAGCGCACACACGCACACACACACGCAACACACACAGACACACGAAUACUCAAUCACUGUGUUCACUUCUUUUGUGUUGGUCUCGGUUUCAGCCCUGGUGCAGCGGCCGCGGCUGCAGCCGUGCCGAUCGCCAUCGAUGACGCCCCUGCCCGUCCCACUCCCCCUCCCCCUCCCCCUGCAGACGGCGACCAGGGCAUGGCGAGCGAGGUGGCAGCUGCUGUCGACGAGGGAGACGACGUGCAGAUGGGCGAUGGAGAGGACGGUGGUGCGGGCGAUGGUGCGGGCGAUGGUGCAGGCGAUGGUGCGGGCGAUGGUGUGCGUGUGGGUGGCGCUGGCAAGGUUGAGGGGAGCGGCAAACGGAAGCGGCCGGCUGACGGUGACGACGAGGAGCCGCUCGACCAGGCCCUCCGCCGCAAGCGGCGAGUCCUGCGCGCCAACCAGGACAGCCAGGAACCCCAGGACACCCAGGACAACCACGAGGGCGGGUGAGUCAGCACACCGACACACAGACGCAGAGAGGAGGGGACGAUGGACAUAUCAACCUUAUGUGUAUGUGUGUGUGUGUGUGUGUCAUGGUGGUGUGAUACCUGCGAUGCAGCGACGGUGCUGAACCCCCCCCUCAUGUGCCGUACUGGGAGCGGCCGAUGGAGAUUGACGAGAAGUACGCCACCCACAGGUACCCCUUCAGGCGGCGUGCCAACCACCGGCGGCGCCGCUGAGCGGGUGGGGUGCCCGCCAACACCCAUAAACACAACACCCACACACACACACGCACACACACACAUAUCAGUAGGUGGGUGGAUGUAAGUGCUUAGCGUGGUCGAGUUGAAGAGAGCUGUCCGCCCGUCUGCUGUCCGUCUGUGUGCGCCGUGGCUGCGUUGACUUGUGGGCGUCAGUCACAUCAAAGGGGCCGGCUGUUUUUCACUCGACUGACCGUAUCCGUUGGAGAGCAAUACCGGCCUUUUUUGGCCAAGUCAGGCUUACUCCUUACUCUGACUGAUGCUUUGAUUGAUGACACUGUCGGAGUGGCCCCGUGUGUUCAUUUGUCGGUCUGUGU